CCCACACUAUUUCGGCAAACCUCGAUGUGACUCAUUGGAGGAGAUGUUUUAUUUAUAAGAUGUGUUUGUUUUGUUUGUAACUGUGCAAUAAAGUAACCGAAUUAUAUUAAUUCAAAAAUAUCUUUUAUCAACUACCUCAUACAACAUCCGGAACCACCCGUGUUGUCAAGAGCCUGGCGAGAAUGUCACCCUGGCGAUGAUCAUCGACGCCUUCGAGAUCUACGGCCACGACCCCACCGACAAGCUGGACCAUCUCGCUCACUACCAGAUCGAGAUGAUGAAGGUCAAACGUGCACCAGAUCAGUACAUCAUAAAUGAACAUGUACACAUUGCUACGGAUCAUCUGGCCAGGUUUAUUCAUAUGCACAUAAAGGAAUUGAAGGUAUUACUGAUAGCUCUCGAUGACGCGAUAGACAACAUGCUGACAAUGUACGACAGCCAUGACGCCAUCAAGACUGAGAGGGUAGCCACGUACAACUCCCCCUCCGGAGGGGCUGUGCCCUCAGAGUUUUAUCUUAGUCAAGAAUUCUACUGCGGGAAGAACGUCUACAUUUUCAUAUCAUCACUGUACAGCGACAUCUACAACAUGGGCAAGGGUCCAUCGCCUUAUUGCAAUCGCAGAGCGUUCCAUUUCCUUGGUUUUGUGCAUUUCCUUGAUGACAAGAAGUAUUUCCUAGAGGAAGACCCCAAUGUUGUGUUUGAAAUGGAUAACUUCAUCCAUGGACUGGAGUGUCACGUUGGGGUGUGUAUUUUCAGAUUCCCGUUCAAGAAGAACUUGCAGCACGUGCGAGACGUCUCGACGCUCCCGAAGGCGAUCGUGAAGUGCGGCACGGACAUGUACAAGCUACCCCCACUCUCGGCCGCCUCGUGCAUCAUCAGCUCCGGCUCCUUCAUACUCGACUUCAACAUUCAAGGGCUGAGGUUCCGACAUUACGAUUAUUUACUGAUUCUGCCUAACGGCCACACAUACUACACCAAGGAGAAGUUCUCGCCGCUAGUGUGUGACCAUCACGUCUGCGAGUGGAAUAACACUAACUUCUAUGGAGGGCCGUUCAUCAUCCCUGGUGACCCGGGAGACGGGCUGGCGCCCAUCCCGCCAUACCUGGAACAGACCACGGAGGCCUACCACGCCUCUACCGAGGCCAACCGGGGCGAAGACCCCAACUCUACCAACACGUUGGAUGGAUGUUGGUUCAUGUUCCCGCCGAACUACGGGUCCAUUGCAGGGAUCAGCUACCUGGACUCACUGACUGUCAACGAGUACCGGUUCAGCUGCCAAGGGUCUGGCAAUAAGGGUCUGUACUGGUACCCGCAAUGGAUGGGUGCUCCGCCCCACCACCCGUACCCGCAGUCCGGCGACUCCGCUGCCGACCUGCCGCAGGGCGCGCCUGUUCCGUUCUACCCGCACCAACAGGGCGGACUGGCUGGCAAACUUGGCUUGCCAGCUGCUUAAAUGCGCUGCUUAAUGAUAGCCUCAAGGUCAUAACCCACUUACACGACCACCUGCAUGAUGUAUUUUUGUUUUCAUAAGUCUGUGAAUGGAGUUAUUACAUGUGAACCACUUCUCUCUUGUCUUAGAUAGAUUGUCAGUGCCCAAAAAAAGGGACGGUACUUACUGAAAACCCGACGAUCCGAUCACUCUAGCCAUAGAGGCAGCCAAUCAGCUCGCAACACCAAACACUUCAGGACCCCGAUACCGACCCCGCCGGCGUGGUCGACGAUUUCCCUCAAUCAGCGCUUUUCGCUAUCGACCCACUAGGGUCGAUUAAUUAUUUCAAAUUUUUUACCUCUCACACGACGCCCUGAGCCGAGGUUCGCGCCCAACUGGGCACGUCAACAAAAAAAGUGCCCAGAAUAUUACCUAGUAAGCCCAUCAGGGCAGUCUCGAAGCUGAGAUUAGUUUAUUAAUAUCACACAAUGAUGUUAGUUGUCUUACACUGCAAAUGUUGUGUGCACCUAUUAUGUAACAGUCUAU